AUGGGGUCGGGGAUUAUGGAUGCUGUAGUGGCCGAUCUCAAGGUCUUCGGGCUGGAUUUCGCGGAGGGGGAAGACCAGGACGCUAUUGCCGAGAAAUGUUUUGAUAGCCUUUGUCUGCCUGGUUUCAGUCUUAAUUUUUGCACUGAGCAGGAUGUGCUUCUGGGAAAACUUGGCCUCUGCCAUGAAUUUGCCUUGUGGAAGUUCUUGGUCAACGGGAUAUUCCCAGUGGGGUCCUGUGACUUGGUCAUCACAGAAACGCUUUUCGACGCCGUCCCGGUGAGGAUCUAUCAGUGCAAAACAUCAAAUCCUGAGAAGAGACAAGGACUGGUGUGGCUUCACGGAGGAGUGGGCAUUUCUGGAAGCUUCCCUCAACAACGCGGUUGCUACGCGGCCGUAUCGUACUUUCUGAAGAACGCGACGGAGUUCGGCGUGGACCCUCAACGGAUCGUGUUGGGUGGCGACAGCAGCGGAGGCGCCCUCGUGCUGGCCGUUUCUCAAGACCUGGUCUUCAGAACGGACCUGCCCCGUGUCAGGGCCCACGUCCUACUCUACCCUUUCCUCCAAGCUCUGGAUUUCAACUUGCCCUCUUACCAGCAGAACCAAUCGGUGCCCCUUUUAUUCAGGAGAAAUUUUAUCCGUUUUGGCCUGUUUUACCUCGCCGGAAAGAAAUUGAACAUCGACUGCGCGCUGUCCCAGGCUCACAUUCCGGAACACCUCAGGGCCAAGUACCAAAAAUGGAUCAGCCACGAACAUAUUCCGGAAAAAUUUAAACGCCGGGGAUACGUGCCAUUCAUACCCGGUCCCUUUUCAGAAGACCUUUUCAAGGAAUGCGAGAAAGUUUUCGAAGCCAGGUUUUCGCCACUCCUGACGGAAGACGACGUCCUCCAACAGUUCCCGGAGACUUUCCUUCUGACCUGCGAAUACGACAUUUUCCGAGACGAGGGCUUGCUGUACAAGAAGCGGCUGGACGACAACAGGGUGCGUGUCACCUGGAAGCACCUGGAGGACGGAUUCCAUGGGAUCUCCUUGCUGAUAGGACUUGGGGCGAUGGAGUUUCCCGGGACGAGAAGCAGUCUCAAAAGUGUCAUCCAAUUCCUCCAACGCUUCUAG